AUGGAUUCAUUAAAACAAGAAAGAAAAAUAUUAACGGGAAAAAUUCAUUCGAACGGUAGCGAAGAUAGUAAUUUGGAUUCAUGGUGUUCUUGUUUAGAUAAUUUAACGGAUUCGGAAAAAACGGAUUCCGAAGUAGAAGAUUCAAAUUUAAUAAAUAAUAAACAUUACAAACCUCCUAAAUGUUUGGUUAAUCAAAUUGAUAAUGAAAGUAAUAAUUUUCAUUUGGAUAAAUAUUUUCAUAAAGUUCUUCUCAUCGAUAAUAAUAAUAUUGAAGAAAACGAAGAAAAAAUAUCUGAUAAAAUUAUACAAAAUGAUUAUGUUAAAGUUCAACAUUCAGUUGAUGAUGAUGGUGACGACAACAACAACAACAACGGUUGUACUGAAAAUGAAGAAAAAAAUAAUUUACCCUCUUCUCCUGAUGAUGGUACGACGUGCGACGUUGAUGAUAAGACUGUUAAAGAUGAAGAUAAUGAAAGAUCCAUAGUAAAUACUUCGAUAGUUGAUAAACAAGAAGAAGAAGAAGGAAAUAAUAAUAAUAAUUUAGAUAUGUAUCCAUCAUUAAAUAUAAUAACGUGCAAUAAUAAUUUAAAAUCCGACGAAGACGUCGAUGAAGAUCCUACUCACCAUCAUCAUCAUCAUUCGAACAAUUUAAAAUAUUUAAAAAGAUCAUCGUCGUUGAAAACUAAAAAAACACCACCAGGUACACCAGGAUGUAAAAAAAUCGUACGUUUUGCCGAUGCACUAGGAUUAGAUCUAGCAGACGUACGAACGUUCUUAGACGAAAUCCCUAAAAUCCCAAUUUCCGCAUACGAAGAUUUAAAAUUUGAUUUUCAAACACCAUCCGAAGAACCCACACACCAAUGUCCGUUAAUGCUCGUACCCUUAUUUCAACAACCGGGAUUAAAAAUGGAUUUUAUGGAAAAGAUAAACAAUCAGAAAAUAUGUUUGGAAACUAUGAGUGUGACGGAUCCGAGUGUUUUGGCCAUAACCGGAUAUGCGAGAGUUCGAAACAUCGGAUACCAUAAAUCCGUUUAUGUUAGAUAUUCUCUUAACAAUUGGAAAACGUUUUCGGAUUUACAAGCAACUUACGUUCCUAAUUCAUGCGAUGGUUAUUCGGAUAAAUUUUUAUUCGUUUUAUAUGGGCACACGUUGAAAUCGGGUGAAAAACUUGAAUUUGCAUUACGUUUAGAAUGUUGCGGUGAACAAUAUUGGGAUAUCUUCGGCAAAUAG